CUGCAGGAUCCGCGGCCUGGAGCAUCCGAGCGGUGAAGUCGGUGGCUUGCUUUCUUAUCUUCUCUUCAAGUCUUCGAUUUUUUUUUUAAAAAAAUGGCCUCCAAUAAAACUACAUUGCAAAAAAUGGGAAAGAAACAGAAUGGAAAGAGUAAAAAAGUUGAAGAGGCAGAGCCUGAAGAAUUUGUGGUAGAAAAAGUACUGGACCGGCGUGUAGUGAAUGGGAAGGUGGAGUAUUUCCUCAAGUGGAAGGGGUUCACAGAUGCUGAUAAUACUUGGGAACCAGAAGAAAAUUUAGAUUGUCCAGAAUUAAUUGAAGCAUUUCUUAAUUCUCAAAAAGCUGGUAAAGAAAAAGAUGGUACAAAAAGGAAAUCUUUAUCUGACAGUGAAUCUGAUGAUAGCAAAUCGAAGAAGAAAAGAGAUGCUGCCGACAAACCAAGGGGUUUUGCCAGAGGUCUUGAUCCUGAACGAAUAAUCGGUGCCACAGACAGCAGUGGAGAAUUAAUGUUUCUUAUGAAAUGGAAGGACUCAGAUGAGGCGGACUUGGUGCUGGCAAAGGAGGCGAAUAUGAAAUGUCCUCAGAUUGUCAUCGCCGUUUAUGAGGAAAGGCUGACUUGGCAUUCUUGUCCAGAAGACGAGGCUCAAUAAUUGUUUGCAUUUUUAUAUAUAUUUAUAUAUAUAUAAAAUCUGGAUCUUGAGUUUUGAAUUACUAGUGUGGAAAAAAUAGCGUUCUAAUGAAAAUCGAGUUUGAUAUGCUGGUUUUGAAAGUAUUGACAGUAGUUGGGAUAUUUUUGGUUUUUGUUCUGCAUCAAAAGGCACUGAUUCCUUUGAGCAAAUAAAAGCUUUCUGUAGUUGCUUCUUUUAACAGUAGAAUGUUUGAUACCGUGUUGUAUUUCCUCGGCUUUGAAGAACAGCUUUUCUUAAAUGCUGGGGAGAUUUUACAGUCAUUACUCAAUCAGAACUUAUUUUUAACUGGGACACAGAAGGACCAUUCUGGGUUUUUUGUUUGUAAGCUUGUGUGUGCAUAAGACCCUUAUGUAACUGUUUUUCAUUUUGUCUUGUUUUCAAUACUCAGAAACUGUAGAUGAAAACAUGUGUUGAGAUUCCUCCCUUGUGAACAUUUUCCUGAAACCAUAACCUUUCAGAUCAAGUAGACAGUUCUGUAAUUUA